AUGCAAAUUUUCUAUGUUAGUGGGUCUAUUCUUUUCCUGGCGGCGCUUUGGCAAGUCGGAUUUCUUCAAAGCCUGUUCUCCACCUUGUGGAACUGUUUUGUAGCAGUAUUAGGGAUUUUUUCUGGAGUUAUGCUUUACCUCCUUUCAGGAAAACAGAGGAUUCCACCGACACCAAAACCAUCAAAGAAAGUUGAAACUGUAAGUCGUUUUCUCGCGAAGUUGACUCGAACUCAAACUCACAAGCCUUACAUGCAAAGGGUGGUAGUUUCGCGGACCGUUGACAAAACCAUUCAAGAGGUUUUUGAUUUGUUUAUCCGAGAUUUUUGCCUGUCCUGGUUUCGUGAUUUAGGAAAAGACGAAGCAGCUUUCGUUGAUCUCUUAACCGAGGAGCUGUGGGUUGUAACAGCAAAUGUUGUGGAAAGACUCAGGUGUGUUGACAAGGUGAAAUUUCUGUCUAGUGAUGUGGUUGAAAUUCUGAGCCGACACUUUCAGCAGCUUCGUCUUGCGGAUAUGCGGACCUUCUCAGAUAAUGCACUGCCUUUUGUGCUUCAUCCCUGCCUGAAGAGCAGGGCUGAAGAACUUGAUUACUUACGAAAGGCCUCAGAAGUGUUGCUCUAUUGUCUUCUUCCUCCCAAGAAUUCACGUUGUUCAACAAUGCGGUAUCUUUUACGUGAAAUUUUAGCCUUUUCUGUUUUCCAGCCGCUGGCUGACAUGAUCUGUGAUCCAGAUUACAUCAAUCAAACACUUCUUGUACAUUUGGAAGCAAAGGAAGCCCUUGCUGCCAAACAUAAGCAGGGUUAUGCUUAUGCAGAAACAUACGAAGACUUCAUCAAAAUGAUCAACACAUCAAACUCAGUAGAGGCAUUGAAACAAAUCAGGUAUUAUUGGGAUCUUUACAAUUACUUUUAUCCUUGACUUUGCACCCAAGAGCAGGCACUUAAGGGAAAUUUGAGUAGAGGUGUGACCCUGAUUGAUAACGUAAAUUAAACUGAGUGGAGUGCAAUUUAUCGCAUUUGUCAGAACGCAUCCUAAUCUGGUGUUACUGUGGCACUAAGGUAGAAAUUUCUGAGCUAUCAUGGGCUUUUGCAAAUUAGCCCCCUAUUAAUUUCAUUAGGGGCACCUCAGCCCGGAAACUGGCCUCCUUUUGACCCAAUUUUGUUUCCGUAAAUGACGAAUGCGGAUCCAUAAUGGAUGAUUACCUCUAGUUUGUAAUGGUAAUUGAACUUAGUGGAGUGCAACAUACACGUGGUUUUGGACGAGUAUGCUGUGCGAGUUUGUUUUGAAAUGACAAGUAUGAUUUCAGACAAAAGUUGCACAACACGAAGUUCAAUAAUUUACCUCUUUUUUUUACAAGCCAUUUUGAAAUGGCAAAAUUCAGUGACUUGAAAAGAUGAAUCUGGGAAUGCUUUUUCACUUUGUAUGUGAAAUAGAAAUGAUGUGAUUUAGGACAAAAAAACAGAAAUGAUGUAAUUUGGAAAAUUAAUGGUGUGAUUUAGACCAGAUGUGAUUUAGAGCAAAAAUAGUGUGAUUCAUGAAUAAAUCACACAGCUGAGAGCCAAUCAGACUGCAAGGAUCGACAGUGAUUACCAAAACCAUUCAUUUGGCCACCCUGUUUAUAACAAGAUAACUUAUUUUAGGACCAUGAUAAAUUUUGUUUCGCAUCUGGAAUUACCAUAUUUAUUUGAAUAAGCGCCCAACCUCAAAUUAUCACCCAUCCUAAAGGCAGAAAAAGUUAACAAGGGCCCAGCCUCAAAUAAGUGCCCAUCCCCACCCCACCUCCCUCCCACUUCCACUCAAACUCAAUAAGCACCUACCCCACCCCAACCCCUUUUCCCCUGCCACCUCCAAAAAAUUGAAUAAGUACUAAUAAGAGACUUCCCUGAAGACAAGCACCCAACUCAAAUAAGCGCCCACUCUCAAGGCCCAAAAAUUUAAUAAGUGCCCAGGGCAGUUAAUCUAAUGAAUACGGUAAGUGACUUUUUAAACUAAAACAAAUUACCAUAAAAUAAGAUUUAUUUGAAAACAAAAAAAACUGUCUUUGGUAUUACUCACUAACAAACCUCCCUAUUUUUUGAAGGCUUUUGGUCUCAAAAGACACCCUGUACACCCUACAUGUAUGUAAUGUUUGUACCCCUUGAUGGUUCUUGGUAUGUUUACAAGUAAAACUGCACUUCUCUGCUCCCUCCAGAUAUCAUAUUAUUGCUGAAAUCAUGCAGGCAACCACCAUUAAUAAUUUAAAAGGAAUUGACCAGUUUGGACAAGAUGACAAACAGGGAAAAGAGCUGAAGAAGGAUGCUCAGUUAAGGGCUCGCAAUCUUAAACGCUACAUUAACCAAUGCACUGUUGCCAAAUCACAAUGUGAGAGACGUAUUAAGCUGUUGGGGGGUCCUGACUAUACCAACAAUGGCACUGCUGAUGGUAAACAGACUGCAGUGGGACAAGAGAAUGUAAAAUCUGUCCAAAAAUCUGCAAAGCAGAGUAAAGCUAAAGUUCUUACUUUUAUAGAGGUCAUGGACAACAGCUUGGCAAGAAGUUUUUUCAUGCUCUUCCUUCAGAAUAAAACUGGUAGCAAGAAUAUGCUCAGGUUUGAUUAUGUAAUUUUAACUUAGACUUUGAGUAGUCUCAUAAUUUUGUUUUAUUCAAAGUUAGUGGGGUUGUGAUGUGUAACAUGCAAGUGGUGAAGCAAGAUUAUAAUGUGAAGAGAGAAAAACAAGAAACUGUAGUUGUUUUAUGAACAUGUGCACAGUUUGCAGCCCAGUGAUGAAGUUUACUAAUUAAAUCAUAAUAGUUACAAAUGUAUGUAUAGUCGUAGCCAACAGCAUUGAAUUAUUUCACAAAGUAAGUCAUAACAUACAGGAUUUUAAUGUAGUUUUAUUCUAUUUGAUUUUAAAAUAUCCUUAAAACAUUGAAUACUCAUAGUGCCUGCAGUGGUUGAGUUUGUAUUAGUGAGGUUUACAGUUAAGUCAUCUAAAAUUCAUCUUGCCUGGAGUUAUGUUGCCUGAAAUUAAUUGUUUAGUCAUUUGAAAUGCUAAGUUAUACCUCCUGAAAACUUGUCGUGGUCAACAAUAUGAUAAAAAAUUGCAGCUAGAUACAAAGUUGAAAUAGAUAAAAUGUCUGAGCACUUUGAGUUAAAUAUGAAACUGUGAAACUCAGGUUGGUUGUUUUGUGUCAUGCAUUUUUUGGCUUCUGAACUGGUCCCUAUCCCUCUUCCAUUCCCUCAAAACUCAAUUUUCACCCAUAGAUCCUUGAUCCUGGAUCCCUUAACUUUGAUCCUUGAUACCAAAUCCUUGUUUUCCAGUAAAGGCUUUUAUCUUAUUGUCACUUGCAGUCACUUCCCCCCGUUUAACCAAGUUGAUUUGACAAUAUGGUGAUGCAUGACUAACUCUUGAGAUUUGCUUUUUUUUGUUUGUUCUAUUAAUGUACAUUUUUCUUUUGUUUUACUGCAGUUUCUGGAUGGCAGUUGAGAACCUCAAAUUAGUCAAACAUACUGAACUGCACAAAAGUGCUCAAGAAAUCUACCAAGUGUAUGUUACACCAUCCUCAGACAAAUCUGUCAUGCUGGACACAACUCUUGUUAGGGGAAUGGAACAGUAUCUACAGGGAAUGCAUGGUUUGCAGGCAUUCUUUGAAGCACAGAAAAAAGUGUUCAGUUACCUAGAGGAAAAGUUUUACCGCAAAUUUGUACUGAGUGCAGAAUAUUCCAUGUUUGUGUGCCAGUCUGAGGCAGAAAUGGAUGACCUGCGUGCACACAAAAGGGACGAAGAAGAUUUGGAAUUCAACUGGAAUGAUGAUGCAGAUACUACUGAUGAAGAUGUAAGCUGUAUUUAGAUGUUAUAAUAUUGUUGGAAGCAGCAUUUGUAAGUGGUCAAACAAGGACACUGGACUUGCAAUUCAGAGUCCCAAAGUUCAAGUCCUUCCUUGACCACAUUGAAGACUGACGACCUAUUGUUUCUCAGCAUUUUUGAGUUCAACUCUUCAACCAUGCUUAUAUACUAGUUAGAAGUAACUCAAUUGCCUCUUACAAGUACCAGUUGGAAGUCUUUUCCUUGUUAUAUUAUUUGAUUAUUUUUUUUCAGUCAUUUUCUCAGCUCCACUAGUCUUGCAGCGUGUAUAGCUAUGAGGUGGAUACAGUCAUAGGUAAAAUAAUAGUUUCAAUUGACUACACUUCUUUUUCUUUAUAACUGUAUUUAAACCUUUGUUUAUUGAAAAAUUUUCAGGUUGAAGGUGAUGAAAGUGACGGAACUCCCAAACUAGGUAAGUAAAAGUGUUGCUGUUAUCUCUGAAACAAGCAUAAUAUUAUUGGUCUAUAACCUAUCUCAGCAAAAACGUACAGUUAAAAUAUUUUCUCUGAUUUUUAAUGCAAAAUGAUAUUUUUUUGUGUCUAUCCUAGCACGUAAGCCAAGCACAGUUGAAGAACGAAGUGAUGCUAUCGUAAAAAAGUUGGAAGUUUUAGAUCAAAGACUUGCCUCAAAGGUAACAUUUUAUUUAUUUUUGUUGGUAUGGCUUAACAGUGAGAGUUACAUGUACAGACAUACAGUGUAGAAACACUUUAUACUGUACAUACUACUUCUACUUGGUAAGGGAGAGGUAUAACAAUGUAUUUUGUAACGUAAAAUGCUGAUUUAAUGAUGAGCUUAUUUAUUUUAGACACAGCAACUUGAACUUGUGAAGCGAAGUUAUGGAGCUGAAGUACAGGUAGUUUUUCUGAUUAUGAGCAAGUACUUUUAAUUUAUUUCAGCUUAAAUUUUUAUUAACUUUUUUCUUUGAAUAUGGUUAUAAAACUGGGCAGUUUCGCUCUUGUUGAUUGGUUGAGUCAGUUGGAAAUGAUUUGAUGAUGAUGCAAUAUGUUUUUCUCUACUCUCCCACAUGAUUUUCCUAGAAACGUCUCCAGAAAUGAUGUUAAAAAUUGUCUUCAGUGUAUGUUAUUGAAAGAAACAAACAGGCAAUUAUUUUCUAAAAAUCUUCUCAUUAAAAGUUUUUUUCUAAAUAGUGAGAACUUUAAAAUGGAAGUUGAACAGAUGUAUUUUGUGUCACAUUUAAUUAUUACAGUACAAUAUAUUAUUGAUUAUCUAAAAACCCGUCUGUUAAAAUUUGGUCAAAUAAGUUUCAAAUGGUAAUGAUUAAUUGUAGUAAGCUGUGUGCAAGUUUAUAGGAAAAUCCAAUGAGCAAAUUUUAUGUAAACUGAGCAAAAAUGAAAUUUUAAGGUUGUUUUCAAUCAUCCAUGCUCCUGUGGAAACUAUGAAAAUGACAAAUUUUACCUGUCAAUCAAAAUCUUUCAUCAGUAUAAUAUUUUUCACUUUCUCUUGUCACGAUUUGGCAAAUGACAUAUACAGUGGAACCCCGCCUUACGGCCACCUGACAAAAACUGCCAUACAUUUUCUUGUAAAAAAACCCUCGUUAAUAUGGCCACCCUGUUAAUACCGCCAAUUUUUUUGGCCCAAUGGUGGCCGUAUUAAUGGGGUUCCACUGUACUCACAAACUGCAAAAACUGUGUUCAGCCACCUUUAACUGGUUUUUGAAAUCAUUAAAAAAAUACCACAACUGUGCCAACCCAGUAAUACACUGUAUAUGUUGUUGCAAUUGCUUCAUAAGAAACAAUUUAAAGUCCGUGCAAAUGCAAUGCUGUCUUUCCAAGGAAGCUUCCUGCUGAUGAGUGAAAGGUCUACCAAGUUGAAGGGUGGAAAAAAAAUUAAGCAAUUGAAAGAAGUGUGCUUGUAUAUAUGGGGAUCUACCUUGUGCCCCCAUUGGUCGUCCAAUAUUAGUUAAUACUCUUGUAAGACAACACAUCUGCAAGGUUCGAUUAAGACGUCCCUUGGGCCACCAGCUGUUCCAGCUCUAGGAGGCAACCAAUUUCUUACAAUGUACAUGCAUGCACUUAAAGUAUGAUGGCUGCAUUGAAUUAUCCAAAGGAGCUGACUUCUUUCUAUCCAAAGACUGACAUUUAGAUUCUUUCUUAAUUUUGCCAGGAAAUGGAACAGUUGAAGAGUGAAAUUGAAAGAUUAAAAACUGAAAGAAUGCAGCUAGAGUUCCAUGUUGAAAGGACAGGUACACUUUCAAACAAUAAAAUUAAUGUUGAAAAAUAUCUGCAGUUUAAUAAACAAAAUCAAUUUAUUACAUGUACAUGUACUAUGUUUAUUUACUAGAUCAGUGGUGCGAGAAUUUGGGGAAGUGGAAGAUAGAAAUUCAAAGUGUAGAGGUGAAAUACUGUAGUGAUUGUAUAUAACAUUAUCUUUUAUGUCAUUAAAUUGUACUUAGUCAGUCAAGGCAAAAACAUUUUCUUCCGUUUCUCUAACUCUGUUCAAAAAUAUAUAUUGAGCAAUUGCAGCAAUUAUUACCACCCACAAUAAUUCAAUGCUGGUAACAAUACAUCUCAGUAAUUCGUAGUUACUAAAACAUGGAACGACCUAAAACCACCUAAAACCUCCUAAAACCAUCUACAACCACCUAAAACCACCUACAACCACCUCAAAAAACCUACAACCAUCUACAACCACCUCAAAAACAUCUACAACCACUCGCAAACAAUCUAAAACCAUCUAAAACAAGGUAUGAAUGUCUGAAAUAGUUUCACACAAAUGUAUGUUAUGCCACAGAAUCCUUUAGUCUAGUGUGAACAUGUCUCACUUGUAGAGCCUGAUUUUAUACAGCUAUUAACCCGUUUACAGUUGCAAGAAUUAGAAAACAUUAUAUAAUGAUAUUUGAAUAUUCUUUUCAGCAAAAUGAAUCAAAACGUUCUUACCAGUAAUGUCCCUUGGCGGGGAGGGAAGACCCGAAUAUGUGAUCCAAAUUUUUCGUUCCGUUUUAGCUCAUAGAGUUCCGUCCAGCUACUCUAGCCUGUACCAGGCUCUCAGAUAGUAUAGUGGGGAUGUAUUUACAUCGAGCAAAGCGAAAAUAAGAAGUGCGCAUAUUCCUGGUCACUCCCAAGAAGAGGGCCGGGGUGAAAGUUGGGCUCCAAAACAUAAUAAAGGUAUAUAAAAAUCCAGGUAAAUUACUUUAAAUACAAUCAUUCACUAUUAAAAUUUUUCAACCCAUUUUUAUUAAUUUCGCCUCGUCUUAACUUGUUUUCUUCUGAAUCCAUUGCAUUAUAGAUUUUUUUAAAUAACAUUUUUAACAAUGAUUACACCUACUAGUCUCCAUUUCCUGUGUCGUGACGCAAGGGAGCUUAGCCUUGCGUGAUGACACAGGAAACGGUUGUGAAAGACACUAGGGUUCAUCUAAAGGAGUCACCUGGAAUGUACAAACAUGUUUGGCGGAUGAGAUGCUAAAAAAAUUAACUCGUUGUUAGGAAUGUAAUCCGCCACCUUAGAACAAAACAGCAGUGAAGCAGACUCCGAGAGAGAGAGAGAAACCUUACCUUCUGCCAUUGCGUAAACAAAUGAAACGUGAACCAAAACGUCUCACUGGUACCCAGGGUAGAAAAAGCCAAAUCAAGUCAGGUUUUCGACUAUGAGUUUGUUAUUUUAUUUUAUUAUUUUUUGUGACUUGAUAGUUCAUUUUGUAAAGUUCUUUAAGUCUUUUAAUAUACUUACCAUAAUCUCGCAUUUCAUUUCGUGACUUAAGCCAAUGGUUGAUGAUACAAGGGACCAGGGAGAGUUCGAUUCUCGUAUUUCAUGUUCGUGACAUGUUGUCGUCUCGCCUUAUUUCAAACAUUUAUACCUUGUUUUAGAUGGUUUUAGAUUGUUUGCGAGUGGUUGUAGAAUGAUGUUUUUGAGGUGGUUGUAGAUGGUUGUAGGUGGUUGUUGAAUUUUUUGAGGUGGUUGUAGGUGGUUGUAGAUGGUUUUAGGUGGUUUUAGGUCGUUCCAUGUUUUAGUAACUACUCUCAGUAAUUUCCUAGUUCUUGUGAGAAAACUAGAAAACUAACUUUUGUACAGGAGAAAAUACUGUGCAGGGAACUGUCUCACCAAUAGUAUCAGUACAACAAAAAAGAGAAACUGCAAGGAGAGAGGUGUGUAAGGUUAAGUGUUCAUCUGCAUGCACAUGUAACUUUUUUCUUGUUGUUGUGUAUUGAUGUAUGUGUGAGCCAGUUCCACCACCUGACUGUCAAGUUGUGUGGUUGACAGCAAGAAUACUUUGUAAUCUGUGCAUAUUGUCCUUCAACAGCAUGUUUGAAAGUAAAGACCUUUAAAUACUGUAGUUAGAAAUAAAAGUUGAAAUCUGAGCUUUUACGUUAUCAUACAUUGAAAGUAAAAUAUUGCAAAAACUAAUAAUGUGACCAACAAACAGGAAUGUUUGUUGAUCAAAGAUUAUGACUGUGUCACAUGGCAAUCUUAAAGUUGUACAUGUGAUUGGUUGUGUUAGUUUUUAUAAGGUGUUGAUAGCUAUUUUUAGUAAAUUAUUAUUUGAACCUCUUCAUGAGUUGAGCACUAAGUUUAAUGAGUGAUUUUGUCAACAGUGGAAUCCAGAAGAUAGUGAAAGAUCUGUUCCAGUUUAUGCUAUUGUGGUCCACAGUAGAGCUGAUGGAAAACAAGAUCAGCUGCAGCCAGGAGGGAAAUCAACCGAGGGACAUGCAUAUGUUAAUUCAGAAGGAUGGGUUGUCACAAGAAAGUUCAAAGAUUUUGAGACGCUUCAUUUAAAACUAAAAGAGGUACUUGUAUGUUUAUACUACUUGAGAUAGACUUAAUGGAUAAUGGUUUUCAAACUGAAUUAAUUGACAUCUCUUAUGUUUAUUACAGUCAAACCAGGUCAAGCGUUCCCGUCGCUAACGAACUAAUGAAUUCAUUCACGGAAAAAUGAUUUCGUUUGUUGAUUCAAUAAUCCAUUCAUAAAAUGAACAAUCAAAUAGUCAUAUUUAGCCUCGAUUCCAUAAUCGCAUGUUGAUUCGAUUACUGUUUUUUGAAAAAUUACACUUUCCACAAGUUGACCUCAGAAUUUUGUUUUUUCCUCUUUUUCUUUCUGAGAGUCGAGUUCUGGCGAGUUCUGAAGUUCAAACCCAAACAAACUGUUACAUGUACGCCAGUUUGCUGCCAAUAAUCAGUGCAACAGACCUAGGCCUGACCUCUUAGAAAACACGACGGUCAAACUGAGGUCAGUGUAUGUGCGGUGAUUGGUGGAUUUAGAUCCUCGGCCUUUGUCAGUUUCUUUGCGUUUGCGGUCUGUCUAUUCUAGCUGUUAUUUUGAUUAAAGGCAAUGAAAAACGCAAUCGUAAACGGCAGGAAAAGGGAAGCAAAUACGAUUGAACACAACAGACAAGAAUAAAGAACAGGUAGAUUUUGUUCAUAAACCAAAUCAACAUUUGAUUAUUGAAUUGAGGUACAAUAAUAUUUGACCGUUGGAUUAUUCAUUUUAUGAAUGGAUUAUUGAAUCAACAAACAAAAUCAUUUUUCCAUUAAUGAAUUCAUUAGUUUGUUAGCGACGGGAACGCUUGACCUGGCUUGACUGUAAGUGCUUACAUGUAUAAAUUAUUAUAUAAUUCAUUUUACCGCUCAAAGAGCAUUUCAAUAUCUAACUCAAGGUAAACGCUCAAAGUUGGUGAACAUGUUGGACACACCAUGUGUUACCUGUAAGUUCAAGUGUCUGAAGGGUAUAAUAGUCAUUGUGGUGUUUUGAAAUGAUUGCCUUGUUUGUUGUGUGACUCAUGAUGAUGUAACUUUCAGCUGCCAAUGUCCCUCAACAAUGAACAUUUUGGCCUGAUACAAUGUUGCAAUGAAACAUACAGGAAGUUGGUUGUCAUCGUCAGUUGACAGACAGUUGAUCAUCAUCAUCAUCAUCAUCAUCAUCAGUACAUCAAGUUACAUUGACUUUGUUUAAGUGGCAAUCCAAAGAAAGGCAGAUCAUAGUAUUUAUUCAGUACACAAGCAACCUCCCCCCCCCCCCCCUGCCCAGGCACGUAUAGCUUGCCCACCCACCCUUCCUUCCCUCCUGCCCCGAGAAAAAAAAAAAAAACAUUGUUAAGCCUCUUAGGACUAGGAGACAAAGGAAAUUGAGAAUAAACUUAAAGUGCAGAGUAAAUCAAAUAUUAUUUUACCUGUAGUAUAUUAAAGAAUAUUUAAAUAUCUUGCAGUGCUGUGCAUGGCUUACUCGUGAAUUGCCUGUUCCUGCAAAGAAGUGGUACAAGUCCAUAGAUGAUGAGUUCUUAGAAAAAUCAAGGAAGGCUUUGGAAGAAUAUCUGCAGGUACAUCUAUUUGCUGUGUUUUGUCUCAAUAGUUAGACUUAUUUGACAACAGAAAUCUUGAACCACUCAGUGUGAUUAUCGAGCAUGUCUUUCCUUGUUUUAAAUCUGUCAGUUAAGCUAGAGUUGACUAGAGAAUGUUAGCACAAUAUCAUACAGAGUUUAGUAUAACAUUAUACAACUAUCCUCCAAAUGGAGGUGAGAUGCAAAGCAUUGAGGUACAUAUCUAGCACUAUGAACCGACCCUGAGGGGGAUAGUUGUUUUAGUAUUUACCAAAUCAGGUGGAUAAAAAUCAAAAAGGAACUUUUUGUAAAUAAAACACGUCACUCAUUUAGAGUUUGUUUAUGUUUCAAUUGACGGUGUUUCAGGGAUCAUUUUUUAUGAGUUUGUUGCAAAUUCAGUGAGAGAAUUUUUUUCUACCAAACAUUAACCCCCAACAAGCCAAAUUUUGUCUCUUUCUUGGUAUUUGUUGGUACAGCUGCUUCAUUUACCGCUAAAAUUUCAUCUUUCGAAACUGUUGCAAAUGAGAAGCCAUUUUGAAUCCCUUACCAAAACAGUUAAUAUCCAAGGAUAUUAAUUUUGGAGUUAAGGGAGCCAAUCAGAAUGUGCCAAAAAUUGCUAUCCACCGAUUUGGUGAAUACUAACAUGGGGUAUUUUUUUAUUGAAGACGCUACUAGCAGAUGAAAAGCUGUGCCUGAGUGAAGAAUUGUACUCAUUUCUCAGCCCCAGCCCUGAGCAUCUCAAGAAACAAAGGUAAUGGCAAAUAGGACUCACCUCUCUCAUUUUAUGGCAUCUCAGUUGUAACAGACUCAAGCACCCUGUAGACUUGGCUUCUGCUGAUCAUGAUAGUCACGUUUUUAAGAUGACACUUAGUUCCUGCAGUUAAAAUGGUAUCCAUCUUUCACAAAGUUGACUGUUAUACAUGUUCAGUUUACUUGCUUCAGGAGACAUGUUUCUUUAUACACUCUGACUUGCUGUUAAUCUCUUGAAUAAUGUCAUCCCAAACAGGGUUUUCAGUAGCAAUAUUAUUGGAAAUGAAGCAAAAACCCCUGCCCAAAACUGUCUUCAAGUUGACAGUUUGCUUUCUGUGCACACUUGAUAACAUGAAGAAAAGAAGGCUGCAAUGUGGUUCACUUGUAAACACCAUUUUGGGCAGUUUUGGUUCUUUUUGCCCAGAUAGUAACCAGAAACCUGCGCAACUACUGGUAGAUUCAAAAGGUGUUUUUGGGCCAAAUUUCCAACAGCCAAUGGGUUAAAUAAAUACAUUUGUUAUUUACUUACUUAAUUUUAUCUUUGUCUUUUGUUCUAGUGAACCAACCAAGAAAGGGUUUUCACUUUUGUCAGUGUUGAAAAGGUAGCAGUGGAUGUUGAACAUUUUUAUGCUCUUUACUCUUGACUAUUAAACUGAGUUAUACAAAUGUGCCAUUUAGUGUCAUCUGUACUUUAAGUUAUUUUUCCUUUUGUUCUAAUGAAUGAUUACCCAUAACAACUAAGAACCCCUGCGUGAUCUUGACUUCUGACCAACAAUCGCAUUCAUUUCAGGUUAAAAUAUUUAGCACAGAAGAAGCAAUGAUAUUUAGCUGGGGGUAUUUCAUGGUGGGAGGAGAGGAUGUUAAGUGCAUUGUUCAUACCUCAAUCAGAAGUACACUUUAUACUACUGUCUGGUUUCCAAAUUCUGUAGAUGAGGAAAAUAACUGAUUGCCUUGCCUAGGCCAGGGUAAACCCUACUUGAAAACCAUGAAUUACACAUAUAGUACUUACGAACCUGCAAAAAGAAAUAUUGUAUUAUUGUGUCUGAAAGUCUAGGAUGUAUAACUGGUGUCCAGAGACUGAACAACUUGAAUGUUUAACACAAAAACCAUCAGGGAUGCGUGACACUUGACUUGCACUUUGAUAGCUGAUUAGGUGAUAUUCUGAAGAAGGGUCAUAAACCUGAAAUGUUUGUGCUUUUUAAAAACAUUUGACACUUUUUGAUAUUUCGUUACCAAAUACAGUCGACUCUCGCCUUGCCGAUACGUCGCUAUUACGGACACCCACUAAUGCGGACAAGAGCCAGCUCCCGGCAAACGCAUAAAGAAAUGACUGAAACAAACUCCCGCUAUUACGGACUCUCGCUAUUACAGAAAUGUGAGCACUUUCCUGCCCCCAAGCGCGACAUUUCAGUUGUUUUUUUCUCCUGCUGUAGCGGACACUUGAGUGCUUUAUCAGAAAUGCUGACGCACAUGACAUAAAGAAUAAAGCGACAUUACAAUAAAGGAAAAAAUGAGACAAAGUACUAUUGACCGCUUCUUUGUAAAAGAGUAAACAAAUGACUGCUGUACAGCAUUUUGGGGAUAAAAGACAUUGCUAUUAGAGCUUACAAACAUUUUACGUUAUUUUAACACUCUACUGUAAAAGUCAUUAGACAGGUUUCUGUUACUAGUAUACCGUGCAGCAUCUCUGUGCUAAAAGAGCUGCCAAGAACAAUAAAAAACAUUAUAUUUGACAGCGAGGUAACAUGUAAGCUAUUUACGUUACUGGAAGAGUUUCCGUUUGGUUUUUUAAGCUCUUUCUUAUGUAUCGCUUGUCAUUGCAGGAACUUGGAAGUGAUAAUACAGCAUAAAUUAUUUAGAUCCAUGUACAAUCUUAUUAUCUUCUUUUAUGGUAGCCUGAAAUUCAUUUGAUUGCUUCGAGUCGUUUUCUCCUCUCAACAACGUCUGAAUCGACCAGCCGUUAAUGCCGACCAGUGACGUCACUCACUACCCGAAAACCGGGUAGUGAUUUUGAUUGGUUGAUUGUCUAAACAUUCGCAGAAUUAUGUAUAAUUAUGAAAAAUUUUAGCGGUAUAUAUUGUCGCUUGAUGUUCAGCGGAUCGCAUCCCUGGCAUUCUUUCGUUUAGAUCAAACAUUUCGAUAAGCUUAAUCUUUAUCUUAAACAGCAAAAUUGCCCCUGUCUUCGAAACUGAAAUGCUAAAUUGAACUGCGAAUGAAGAAUAAUUGCGGAGAGGUGGUAGGUUUUUCAUUUAGAGCCGCUUUGUGGUUUCGGCGGCUGGUGAUUUUGUUUAGGCGAAGUUUUCUGAGAUCAAUUUACAGUUAUAAUUCGAACUUCUUGCUAUUUUUACCGUCAAGUGUAAUGAUUCUGUUAGCUUUUCUUUCUUGUCUCCUUGUUUUUUUCUUUGUUAAGGACCAAAUAGCUUUGUUUCAAUUAAAGAAAAUCAUUGUGUUUUUUAACUAAGUGUUCCAUGUGUGUGUUUAAUUCAUUGCGUGAUUGCGACCGAGUUUGAAUAUAGAAUUUAGUACAAUCGGUUCAGAGUUGUACUGCAUGCAGUUGAUAGUUUGAACGUUAAACAUGAAUUACGAUCGAAAAAAAUAAAGCAGUUCUGUAUCAUGCAGACAUUUCCAAGAGAUAUUUCUCGGUUUGCCACUUGAAAAUAGUGUUUUACUUUUUGCAUGAAUUAAAGCAAAGGUCAAGGAGUAGUGACGUCACUAGACGGCAUUAACGGUCGGUCGAUUCAGACGUUACUGAGGGAGUAAUAACGACUCGAAGUAAUCGGAUGAAAUUCAGGUUACUUUUAUGGUCCAUAGUUAAAAGAAGUAAAGAAUUGUCGAAACUGCAAUGCUUCUGGGACUUUUACAUAUUAUUUCACAAGUUUAGAUUAGGAGAAAACAAUUUUUUUUUGCUCUCAUACCCCGCUAUUACACUCUCACUAUUACAGACACUAAAUCUUCCUCCUGAGGGUGUCCACAAUAACGGGAGUCAACUGUAUCACCUCAUCAGUGACUGAACAACUUGCCUCUGUGUUAAAUUGAACUUGAAGCCAAGUGGCUGUAUUCCAUUUUAAUGUUGAUUAAUUUUUGUUUUUUUGUAGCUUACCUUUUGACAUUAUCCCUGCUGAGGAAGCAGAUGAGGUAAGGGAUAUUGCUUGAUUUGAAUAAAUAUUAUAUUAUUAUUAUUUUACCAGUUAAAAACUGUAGCUGUAAGUAAGAUCUUAAUAAGUGUGGUUGGUGUUAACAAAAUCAAUUUUUUUUAAAUUUUCCUUCAAGGAAACUGGUCUUGAUCAGGAUGAUAGGUAACUACAUUGUACUAGUCGACAUUGCUUUGUGUUUGACUCUGUUUCCUUCAUCCUGUAAUACCAUAUAUAAAUAACUAUAAGCUUGACUUCUCAUUUUACAGUGUGAUGCGUAAAGAUUCCAUUGCAGAGCCCUUCUAUGGCUUGGUUGGGGAAGUAUUUGAGCUUAAAGGAGGUAAUUAAAUUCCACCUAUCAUUGUGCAAAGAAAGUCGUGCCUGAUAGCCCAGGGCUAGUGGAUUUUGCUAUCGGGCUAGUGAUUUUUUUGGGGGAAAUUCAAAUAAUCAAUCCUGCUAAUCAAAAAGGGUUUUAGGGCUAGCUGAAAUGACUUGUGGGCUAGUAAAUGCUAGCUACAGCUUGCCCGAAUGGCAGGCUGUAAAACUGACUUUAUUUGCACCCUGGUCUAUACAAGAGAUACAAGAAAAAACAUUUUUGGAAAACGUUUAUCAUAGAAGAAUGAUUUGCUGCAAAACAUUUUAUAGAAAUUGAAGCAUCCAAUACAAAAUAAAAAUAUACCAAAAUUUCAGGUGAAUAACAGAAUGAUAAAUAUAAUAAAACAGCUUUGUUUUGACAAGUGUGAUUAUGAUUUACUUAAAAACAAUGUUCUUUUUUGCAAAGUAAAUUAUUAUUAUGUGGAAAAUAGAUGAGCACUCAUGAAGGAGAGAGUGGUUGGAUUUAAAAACAGGGAUUUCUUUGACCAAAAGGACCAAACAAGCUUUCUUUAAGCUUGAAAAACUGGAGUCAUAUAAAUAAUUUGUAAGCUAUAUGUGUACUGCAUAAACUUCCAGCCCUGAUGUUGUACAGAACUUAGGCUGCUGGUUGCUGGUUGCAGGUUCCACUUCUUUUAGUUGGGAUUAGUUUUUUUUUUCUUUUAAUUAGCUCUUUUACUUGUCUGAGACAAACUUAAAUAUUAUUUGCACACACAAUAAAAUUGAAGAAUACAUUAAUUCUAAAUUUAUCUGUUUUAGUUUUCAAGUGGAUGAGGAGAACCUUGAUAGCAUUUGUUCAGGUUACAUUUGGAGGUACCAUUAACAAGUAAGACUACUGACAGCAGCUGAUCAUUAUACAGCAACCUUUAUACUGUGGCUUAUUCUUUGGAAACGGGUCAUUGUGUUACCCAACAUUGCAGCUGGUUGGAUGGUGUUUGUGAAACCAUAUUGCCCUGGAAUGGUCUCACUAAAAAAAAGAAAGCUUAACUCAUCAACUAACAAUAAAAUUGACCUGAUGGGUGAAUCUUUUUUCACAAGGAUUCAUGUAAUUGUUAACUAUUUCAAGCCAGAUCAUGGUAAAUGGAAGGAACUGAUGAAUCCUUUCCCAGGGUAAAUCCGUCAGUUCCUUUGAUGUGCGAUGAUCCUAUCUGAUCUUUGGAUCACUGAUCCUGAUCCAGAUCCUCCCAAUGGAAUGCACUCAUGACAAGGAUCCAUGUUACACCCAGCAUAAUAUUUGGAGAAUCUGUUUGAACAGGUUCUUAGAGUCACUGACUACAGAGUUUUCUGAGAACACCAGUAACACAAGAUAUGAUUGUCACUACCAGUGGGGUCCUGAUGUCCUUCUGGAUUAUUAUCACUCUAAUGGGAUGAUUGUUUCCAUUGUCAGAGAAAUUCAUCGUAUGGUUGAGUGGUUGGUGUCGGAAUCAAUGGUGAUUUACUACAUUCACUUGUUUCGUGACUCCACAUGGCCAGGAGGGGAACUGGCUAAGCCUGCUGCACUUCGCACUGAAGCAGUAAGCAUUGACUCUGUUUAUCAAUAGCUCCUAGAUUUUGAAAUAUUUAUUAACAACCUCAUUCCCAGGAUUUUUUCCAGUACUUACAGAAAAGGGGACUGCAAUCCUUUCUAAAGAGAGCAGACCAUACACUGAGAAGACCUGCCAGAAAGCUAGUAGCAGCCAAUUAAUUGGGACUGACCAAACAGCAUGAAGGCAAACUGCAUUUAAAAAUCGGCAAUUAAAAAAUAUUCAAAAUUCAAAAGUUAAACUGAUUUGUAUGGGCAACUAACAAGUAGUCGCUUUGUUUUUAGGAAAAAAUUGAAAGUCGAAAAAGAGCCAAGCAAAAACUACUAAAGAACAUUCCAGGUAAGCUGCGGACAUGAAUCAGUAUUUUUAUUUGGUGAUAAACUUUAAGACAAUCCACCUUUGAACAACCCACCCAGUGAAUUUUCCUUUUUAUCUUCAGAAGUCCUUCAGAAUCUGGUGGGGAAGAAAAACAGUAAAGUUGGAGCUCAAAAGGUAUUAAUAUUAAUUUCAGGUUACGUGUAUGAACACAGUCAAAGGGAAUGGAACUUAAAUGAGUCACUUUUGGGAAAAUGUUAUUUUCACGACCCCAACUUAAUACCUUUCUGGUACUUAUUUUAAACUAGGUCAUGCUGAAAUGAGUUGACACAUUGGUUAAACUUAAUGACGUAAAAAUUUUCCCAUUUUAAAAUCCCUACCUGCCUGAAUUUCCUGAUCCCCAAGCCCCGAAAAUGCGCAAUCCCAUUCUAGUAACCCUUAUGAAAAUGCGACCUCAUUAUAGUCAAUCCAGUCGUGAAAAUGCGACCCCAUCCAGCGACACAUCUCCAUUAGCCUAUGCUAGGACGUACCCCCCCCCCCUCCCAGGGGGGGCUUUAUACUGAACUGUAUUGAGGUUUUCUAUUCUUUUUGUAGGUUUUUGAAGCAUUUCAGGACAUCAGAGUCACAAAACAUCUUUUUUAUGUGAGUGCCUUGUUUAGUAGGGUGGAUGAUAACACUAAUUUUUGCUUAUUAAGAAAGAGAGAGAAAGUAUGGCAUAACUUCGCCUCUAAUUCUUAAUAUUUUGCACCCUCUUAUAAUUUCUUUCUAGAGCUAAUCAGGGAUCCACCUGAAAGCGCUUUACUGGCCCCCGAUGGUUUCAAUGGCCACGAUCUUCUGAACAAACGUACCUUAUUGGUACUUAAAUUCGCUUUUUUGCCAUUGUAAAAAAAUCGCAAAAUUUAAGACCAGCGAAUAAAAAUCCUCGCGAAAUUUAAGUGCACAAAAUUUAAUACCCAUAUGGAAAAUUCUAAUAAUUGCGGGCGACAUGACUCUGGUUUCGGGUGACAUAACUUUGGGCGAGAUGACUUUGGGGCGAAUUGACCGUAAACCCGCCUAACGGGAGGUGGCCUCUUACGAGAGUCGAACUACAGGAGGUAUUUCACGAGGAGAAGCUCGGAAACAUCUACUUUUUGAUGAGAAUCUAUUGCAAUUUACUAUUUUUAGGUUACAAUACAUGUAAAUCCAUGUUGAUUCUAAAAGUUCUUCUCAUACUCCGAGAAGCGUAGUACAAACAGCGAACACAAAGAUCAGACCACUGUAUCAGGCCGUCGCUUCACGGAUAAGGUUAAAAGCAAUGGAAAAUUCUAAAUCCGUCAUACUUCAAGUGGUCGCAGUUGCUUACGAGAAGUGGUUGCACUUGGAGGUUCGACUGUAGUUAGUCGUUAAACAUGGUUUCUUCUUAUUAUUGCAGGUUCUUUUUGAACUCAUAUUAUUCACCCUCUGUCCUGAAGUCGUAUCAGAGGAAGUGAAGCAGAGAGCAAGGAUUAUGAUGAACAGAACACAGCAGUCAACUUUGCCAGAGUGAACAAGAAAAAAUCCAAAACAACAUUAUCGGAAAAUUAGUGAGCAACGAUAUUCUGUCAACAAGUCAAGUUCUUGUUGGAGGCGCUUGCAUAGUUUUCAAAACGGCAGAAAAAAAUAUGUCACAGCUUUGUAAAGCGGCACUUGAAGCUCACUUUAUUUGCAAGACCUUUAUGCUACUAGCAAAAAUAAAAAUUGUAUUUGAUUUAUUGAAAAUUAACGAACACGUUUCAUUCAUGUAAAUUGGACAAAUUUAGAAAAAAAAUUAAAUUAUUGGUAUUAUUUAAAGGAAUAUAUGUUGUUGAUAGACGAAAAAAUAAAUAAUGGUGAU